AUGGAACUCUUUGGAGAUGUGGGAAAUAAGCAUGGGGUGGCUCCACCACCACCAUCAUCGACGUCGAUGCCGCCUUCAACUCCGAAGUUCUUUCUUGGAGGAAGGUUGAUAUUUGGGCCAGAUGCUAGGUCCCUGCUUGUCACCUUAUUGCUGAUCAUUGUUCCUAUCGUUAUCUUUUGUGUCUUCGUUGCAAGGCAUCUUCGCCAUGAGUUUUUGCCAAAUAAUGCUGGAUAUGCUGUUCUGGUGGUGGCAAUUGUCUAUACAAUCUAUGUAUUGGUGCUUCUUCUUCUUACUUCUGCUCGGGAUCCAGGUAUUGUACCACGUAAUUCACAUCCACCAGAGGAAGUGUUCCGCUAUGACACUUCAGCAUCAGUUGAGAUUGGGGGAAGACAAACACCAAGUCUACAGUUCCCUCGGACAAAAGAAGUUAUGGUUAAUGGAAUCCCUGUAAGAGUGAAGUACUGUGACACCUGCAUGCUAUAUCGUCCUCCUCGUUGCUCACAUUGCUCCAUUUGCAACAACUGUGUAGAGCGUUUUGAUCAUCAUUGCCCUUGGGUGGGCCAAUGCAUUGGAUUGCGCAACUACCGUUACUUCUUUCUGUUUGUUUCAUCUUCAACGCUGCUGUGCAUCUACGUGUUUGCCAUGUGUGCCUUUUACAUCAAGGUUUUGAUGGAUGAUUAUCACAGCACUGUUUGGAAGGCCAUGAAAGAAUCUCCUGCAUCUGUGAUAGUAAUGUCCUACUGUUUCAUUUCUCUUUGGUUUGUUGGUGGGCUUACUGGCUUUCAUUUAUACCUUAUAAGCACUAACCAGACCACCUAUGAGAACUUCCGGUACCGAUCUGACAACAGGAUCAAUGUUUAUGAUUGGGGCUGUUUGAAUAAUUUUCUGGAAGUGUUUUGCACAAAGAUAAAGACUUCAAGGAACAACUUUCGUGCAUUUGUACAAGAGGAGGUACAAAGGCCUCCUUUGCCCACAACCCGGGAAGCAGAAGUAGGGGAUAUGUGUGAGGAUCGGCGUGUGAAGGUAGAAGAUGAUCUAGAUAUUGGUGGAGAUCUAUUAAAGAUUUCCCAGCGUCAUAAUAUUGAAGAUAUUGAAGCAGAUAUACGCAGCAGAGGGAGUGACGUGCCUCAUCAUAAUUCUUCAGAGGCUGAUUCUGUUAUAGGUUCCGAUCGGCGAGCUCCUACUGUUCACACAGACACCCGGCACCCAAGUUGGGGAAGGAGAAGUGGGAGCUGGGACAGUGCACCAGAGGUCCUUGCUAUGAACUCCAAUGUCACAGAGAGUAGAAGCUAUGCUGCUACCAAGGAAGCAUAUCACUAA